AUAUAGACGCGUGGGAAGCGGGGUGGUCGGAGCUGGAAUGGUGAAACAGUCGAGACGCAUUCACCGCGUCGACGCUUGCCCGGAAGAGAAAAGAAGCGUUUCCAAGCGAGCAAUAGAUCACGACCUGGACGCCAAGGCCAGAGCUGCCCGUAACCCUGCUAUGCAGUCCCUUUCCUCUGGCAGCAGGGCGAGCAGAGAAACGCGACGGGCAGAGGGAGAGGAGGGCCCAGCGAGAAACAGAGCACAAAGGAGGAAGGUGGCGGGGUGAGGACGGCGGAUCUGCCGUCUGAUGAGAGGCGGCUGAUUCCUGACAGUCGCAGCAGCAGCUCUUCCUUCGUCUCCACGCGGACAGCGCCGUUCCCACACCCUCACAUUCCAUCAACUACAGCCACA